AUGUCUGCAGAAGAGCCCAGAAAACGACUUCGUACAGAGGAGUCUUUGACGCAGACAGAAGUAGAGGCUUACAAUGAAAAGCCACAAGAAGCCAAUGAUGCUGUGAAUGCUGAAAGUCAAAGAUUCUACAUGACUGAAGAAGAUGCUGGAAUUGAGACCUUCUUAAAUGCAAAGCUUCCUGCUAUAGAUGGGAUCUUGAAAGCACGCUUUACAGACUUUAUGGUACAUGAAGUGGACUCAAAAGGGAAUGUUGUUGCUUUGACAGACAUGGAAUCUCAUGACCCUAUGCCGGAGGUGGAAGCAUCUUCUUCGGCCAAAGAGGAUAAAAUCGAGAAAGAAUCCAUGGCUCCUCCUUCGAAUGUUACUUCAAAAGGACAAGAACAGAUGGAUGCUCCCAUUGCCUCAAUUCCCUUGCCUUCAGAGCUCAAAGAAUUCAUUCCUCAAGAUGCGGCAUCUCAAUUUUUCAGUUCUCUUCAAGGUCUCUCGCUUGGUAAAUCAACCGAAUCUGUAGUCUUAGAAUCAUCAAAAUUUUCUUCUCCUCUCGACAAGACGAAACGCACGCUUCUGCAUCAACUUAUUCGCGAACACUUUUCAGGAUUGGAAUCAACUACCACCCAAGAUGGUUCUUUUCAAGUUCAUAAAUCCACCCGUAGCAACCAACUUAGGCCGAAGAGAGAUGCUCGCCUUAGUUGGAAAGCCUUGGGUGGUGAAUAUUGCCAUUUUCAUUUAUACAAAGAAAACCGCGAUUCGAUGGAUUGCUUAGGCAAAAUUGCUCGUCUCCUAAAGGUUCCUACGAAAUUGCUUUCCAUUGCUGGUACGAAAGAUAGGAGAGGUGUCACUUGUCAGCGCGCCGCAGUCCGUCAUGUUCGUGCUUCUCGUCUUGCCCAACUAAAUGCUGGCUCUCUUUCUAACUCGACAUACGGUUUUCUUUUGGGUAAUUAUUCUUAUGAAAACUUCCCUCUUAAACUCGGUGACUUGCAAGGUAAUGAAUUCCAAGUUGUUUUGCGUGAUGUUUCAACCUCUGAAGACAAAAUUGAACUUUGUAUGUCCUCCAUCAAGGAACAUGGAUUUAUUAAUUAUUUUGGUCUCCAAAGAUUUGGUACAUCUUCGGUAGGAACACACACUAUCGGAAUUGCUCUUUUACGAUCUGAAUGGAAAAAAGCCGUGGAACUUAUUCUUUCUCCUCGUCCUGAGCAUACCGGUCCUGUUCGUGAAGCCAUGCAUAUAUGGCAUACUACUCAUGAUGCCGAAGCUACUUUGAAAAUUCUUCCCCGUCGCCUUAUCGCCGAGACUAGCAUUUUGGAAACCUGGCUACGAAGCGGGAACCAAAGCGAUUUCUUGGGUGCUUUUCAAAGAAUUCCAAGGCACUUGCGUAGUAUUUACCCCCAUGCUUACCAGUCGUAUGUUUGGAACAAGGUAGUUUCUUGGCGUAUCAAGCAAUUGGGCGACAAACCAGUUGCCGGUGAUUUAGUAUUGGAAUCACCCACCGACAAUCAAUCUAAUGAUAAUAUUCCUGUUGAUCCUGAAGCACCAGAUGUUGUUGAAGAUCUCCCCCAGACUUCUAAACCAAUCGCAAGACGUCUGAGAGAGGACGAGUUACAAAACUAUACGAUUUAUGACAUCGUUUUACCACUACCCGGACGUAAUGUGUUAUAUCCUGAAAAUUCAACGUUUGAUGCGUACAAAAGGAUUAUGAGUGAGCAUUCACUUGAUCCUUGCCAAAUGGCUCGAAAAGACAGGGAGCUAUCUCUACCUGGCGAUUAUCGUAAACUAGUAGUACGCCCCAAAGAUAUGGAAUGGUACACUAAAAAGUAUGACUCGUUAGAGCAGCAAAUUACCACUACCGACAAAGAUGAAUUGGAAAAUAAACUUCCAACUACUACUGAUGAAGGAAAAAGUCGGGCUUUGGUAUUAAAAUUUCAGCUUCCUUCAUCCUCGUAUGCCACAAUGGCUUUGCGUGAAGCAACCCGAGGUGCUACAUCUAGCGGUGAUCAGCGUUUUUUGAUGACAAAUCUACGGGAUUCUUCGUCAUGA